CUCCCUAUUGGAGAAGGGAGUGUGAUCUUUUAUUUUAUUUUAUUAUAACCGUGUGUGAUCUCACUGCAUGCCAAAUUGUACCCUCACCAGAUCUUCCCUUCAUUGAAUAUGCUAAACCCUUGUUUUGCUUAUUAUACAACCCCCACCUCCUUAAUUUUGUCUAACCCUCCACAUCCAUACUCGCUUUUCCUGAUUUUGGAUGCCAGAUUCUCGGAUAAAUAGCAGGAGGGUCUCCUGUGGCUUUAUGGGUGCUCCUCAUUCCUCUGACUUUUCGACCCAGAUAAGUUGCUAUGCUGUUUUCUUGAUGAACCCAGUUGUUCUUUAUGUAAUUGCAGUUCUCUAGGUUAUGGUAUUGGGUUUGUUUAAUUUGGUGGAUUUGGGUAAUCUACUUGUGGGUUCUCUCCGUCUUUGAUGAUUGUGCUUUUGUGUAUGUAAUCUGGAUUUGUAUGGAAAGCUGUGCUGCUUAAAUUGGGUUUUGGGUGAUUUUGAUUUGGUUGUUUCGAAGUUGAAGUUUUGUAUUAGAAGUCUAUGGAAAAUGGAUUCCAUGGAUUAACAAGUGCUGAUUCAAUUAUGGAUUUUUAGGGAAACAGUUUCAUUAUAAGAAUUUGGAGAGAAGAUCUUUGUUGAGUGAAAAUUUACUGUUGGACUAGGGUUUCUGAUCGAUUUUGGUUCGAGGGUCGAAUCUGUAUUACUGUUUAAAGCUAGAAAUGGAAGGAAAUUUAUCGUCUGGGAACAUGAUUCCGGGUGGUGGUUCUUACGGGUCUCUUGAUUUGCAAGGGUCUAUGCGAGUUCAUCAUCAUCAACAACAGCGUCAUCAUCACUCUCUUCCUAGGCAAGGAUUGAUGGUUCACCCAUCUAUUCACGAGAAUUUUCCCCUCACCAUGGGAAGUGUGCAAGAAAAUGACCAGGCCAUCUCAUUGUCAGAUUUCCCUAAAGGAGGAGGAGAGAGAGGAAAGAAUUCUGCAAGUGACGAGGAUGAACCCAGCUUUACAGAAGAUUUAGCUGAUGGUCACAAUGAUGCGAAUAGAGGUAAGAAGGGGAUGCCAUGGCAGCGUGUGAAGUGGACAGAUAAAAUGGUGAGGCUUUUGAUUACUGCUGUCUCUUACAUAGGUGAGGAUACAGCUGCUGAAUAUGGUAGUGGGUCGAGGAGAAAAUAUGCGCAUUUGCAGAAAAAAGGUAAGUGGAAAUCUGUUUCAAAGGUCAUGGCUGAACGGGGACAUUGUGUUUCCCCUCAGCAGUGUGAAGAUAAAUUUAAUGACCUGAACAAAAGGUACAAGAGACUUAAUGAGAUCCUUGGGAGGGGUACUUCUUGCCAAGUUGUUGAAAGGCCCGAACUUUUGGACAUGAUGGAUCAUUUAAAGGAGAAAGAAAAGGAGGAGGUUAGGAAAAUUCUGAGCUCAAAGCAGUUGUUUUACGAAGAGAUGUGCUCUUACCAUAAUGCAAACCGUUUGCACCUCCCCCAUGAUCCUGAAUUGCAGCGUUCCCUAAGGUUGGCUCUCAGAAGUAGAGAUGAUCAUGAGAACAAUGAUGGGAGGAGGCACCCACAUGAUGAUCUUGAUGAGGAUGAUCAAGAUGCAGAAAUGGACGAUCGUGAUGAAUGUGAGGAAACUCAUGCUUUGCAUGGGGACCGCAGAGGAGCAUUGGUAAUGUAUGGGGCUGAUGGGUCUACAAAGAGAAUGAAACAGUCUCAGGGUAAUGACGAUAUUGGUUUAGGGAGUUCCUUCAUUUCUUUAGACUGUAACAAGAGUUUUAGUUCCCACACACAAAAUGCUCAAGGAGAUAUGAAUCCAGUCUUACCUGAGGGUGAGAAAGGGAGCCCGUUGCCCGAGCAGUGGAUGAAACAUCGGUCGCUGCAGUUAGAAGAGCAGAAGAUACAAUUUCAGGUGCAGAUGUUGGAAUUGGAGAAAGAGAGGUUCAAGUGGCAGAGGUUUUGCAGGAAAAGAGACAGGGAGUUGGAAAUGAUGAGGAUGGAGAAUGAGAGGAUGAGACUUGAGAAUGAGCGUAUGACAUUGGAGUUGAAGCAGAAAGAGAUGGCUCUGACAGGGACUAAUUAAACUAGUUUUACUAGCAAUUGCUGCGUGUGUGCAACAGAAGUUCUAUCUGUGUUUGAUAUUUCUCUUGAUGGAAUAUGGCAGGAUUCUUGUUGCUGACCAUUAUCACUGGGACAAACUAAGGCUGCUUUUGAGCGUAAACAAUGCAAAUGAGCACAAACAUAACAUGUGUGGUUAAGGUAAUGCGUGUGGUUUUUCAUACCCGGUACCUAUGUUCAACUGUCAGAACAGCAGUCCAUGUUUAAUUGGACGUGACGUGUUAUUGCUGACUAUUGAAUCAACUGUAAAGUCUUUUUUACCCUCUUUUUUCAUACAUUGAUGAUUUCGCGUCAUGAGAAUUUGAUUUACAUGAUAUGGAACAAGGAAACUCUAUUAUAUCAGCAUGACUUAGACCUUGGGACUUGGGAGGGUUGAAUCUU